UGAAAAUAGGCUUCCAGGACUCGGCCGGGUCACACGACUCAACGAGUCCCAAUUUAGCCAAGUAACUCAUCAUUUUUCCGUGACGGUGGAGUCACGACAGCAAAGAGAGCGACAAUGAGGAACAGCACCGUUAACGCCACGUCAUCCGCGUCACACGUCUUCUCCCGCCACGUCAUGGAACCUCCUGCGAUUAAACCGGGAAGAGCAAUGGCGGAACGGUAAAUCACCAAGAGGAAGAAGAAGUAGAACAAAGAAGAAAAAACCUAUUUUCUUCAGCGAGUAGAAAAAGGGCAGAGUGAGAAAAUAAAAAGGAAAAGGAAGGAAGGAGAGAGAGAGAGGAACGUUGGCUUGGGAGAAAUUAUCAAUGGGGUGGGAAUCCUGGAAACAGAAAUUCCUGUAAAAGUGGGUUCUCUCUGCUCUUUCCCUUCUGCUGCUGCUGCUCCUCCUCCUCCUCCUCCAUCGCCAUCUCUCUCUACUCCUCCUUCCCUCUCUCUCAUCCUCAUUCUCUGUGUUCCUUCUAUCACGAUCGCGUAUUGGAUGAUCCAAGAGGAAGAAGUCGGGAAGGAAGGGGAAUUCACGCACUGAGAAAUUCUCCUCCUCUUUUUCUCGGGUGCCAAACGUGAAAUUUCCGACCUUUUCCCCCUUUUAGGGUUCUUAAAUAAAAUUUUUGUGGGGAUUUUUUUAUUUCCUCCAAUGACUUAUAGAAAUGAUGAUGACAAUUCGGUUCCGGAGCUGAGGAUGAGAGUAGAUGAUGAUUGCAAUGGAGGAGACAACGAGGGUGUUAUGAAUAAAAUUGGGUAUAUGAGAUUGAGAGGCGAGGAUGGAGUGGAGGAAGAAGAAGGGCUUGAUGAUGAUGAUGAUGGAGUAGGGAAACCAGGAUCUGGUUUCUUCUGUUGGAGGUGGAGUUGGUGUGUCGUUUGGUAUUGGGUUAAGCUUGCUGCUCUGUUUGCUUGUUUAGGUGGCUUGGCUUUCGUUGUGCUCAAAUGGGUUGGUCCCUACUUCAUGGACAAGCAAAUCAUUCCCAUCAUCAACUGGGAGACGACAACCUUUAGCACUCCAGAGCUGGCACUUCUAGUCUUCUUUUCAGUCGCAUUCUUCCCAACCCUACUCUUGCCGUCUUCACCUUCUAUGUGGGUAGCUGGAAUGACUUUCGGUUAUGGCUAUGGAUUCUUAUUGAUCAUAGUUGCAAUCACUGCUGGAAUUUCACUUCCAUUUUGCAUUGGUACUCUGUUCCUUCAUAGAAUUGAGGGAUGGUUUGACAAAUAUCCAAAGCAGGCUUACAUACUGAGAGCAGCUGGUGAAGGGAAUUGGCUCCACCAGUUUCGCUCAGUGGCUUUAAUACGAAUUUCGCCGUUCCCUUAUAUUCUAUAUAAUUAUUGCGCUGUUGCAACGCAUGUCAAGUAUGGUCCUUAUCUGCUGGGGUCUUUGGCGGGCAUGGUUCCGGAGAUAUUUGUUACCCUCUACACUUGGUGGAAACUCUGGAGAACAUGUAGCUAAGCUAGAGGAUUUGGAAUAUUCCAAUUUCUGGGAAUCAUAUUAGAGGGAUCCUUAUACAGACACUGGCAGAUGCUUCACAGGACGAGCACGAUCUGUCAGCAUCACAGAUUGCUUUCAAUGCCAUUGGCUUCUGUUUCACGGCAGCCACCACGGCGUUCUUCACUCUCUACGCUAAAAAGCGGCUGAAGGCACUGCAAGACGAACCUCUUUUGGCAUAGCUUCCUCUGAUUCUUGUUUCCUGGUCCAGUAAAGGAGAGAAAAGAAUGUUGCAGCAGCAACACAAGACAGUCACAGCAGUUUGCAUGUAUAGUUUUGAGAUGAUUGAAGCAGCAGGAUGAUGAAAUUUAGCAUCUUCUUGUUGAAAUAACUUCAUCUGUACACAGAAGGGUGCACAGUACGGGAGCCUGAUCAUGAACAGCGGUGUGUAUAGCAGCGUGGGACAGGAAAUCUGAAGGACAGGCAUCUAACCUAGUAUAGAAACCAGCUUCGUUUUUGCUUGUUUUUUUGGUUUUGCUAUCUGCUUCCAUUCUGACUUCUCUCUUCCAAAUUCUUUAUUUCUUGCUUUCUACCCCCCAAUUGAUCCUUGUAUAUGAUUGAGAUGUACCCCUGAAAAGGGCUGAACCUGGAAAAUCUAUCAAAAUUCAGAAGUCUGCUUGACUUGUGAGCCAAAUUUUAGGUGUGCAAAUUAUGCAGACGGCAAUGGUUCUGCAACACAAUCAUUGAAGUCGAUUAUUUGUUUGUGAUAUGAAUAGUUUGUCGUUGGAAAAGCUGGUGAUGGAAAUGGUCGGAGCAGGGCCACGAUGGACAAGGGCUUUGGGCCAGAACUUGUAAUGCUGAUAUCCUUCGGCGUCAGCCCAACGGUCUGGCCACAGAAGCUGCACACUGUGUAGGCCAUGGCUGAUGGCACCUUGAGUGAAUAUUUGUUUCUACUUGGAACAAAAUUAACUUCACCCUUUGUAGACAUCCGA